GUAAGUAGACUAGUCUGCAUCCUGCAUUAACAAGGCCAUUAACCAUCUGCAGAACUGAACCCAGCGGCGGCUGCUGCUGCUGCUGCUGCUGGCAAGUGCCCAGCUGGUUCUGCAACUCAGUGCGGCAAAGUCAGAGGCAGGUUAAGAGAAGCAGAAAUUAGGAGAGGGAUAGGAGAGAGGCAUGGGAGGAGGCACUGGAGAAUGCUGGGGAUAGAACACCGAAAUGGGCUCUGUGUGUGUUUGUGCACUUACAGAUUAUUCACAUAAAUAGCAGAAGCUUCCCAGGGGGGCCUGGUGCCCUUUGGCAGGACUGAGAAGGCAUCCACACUGCCAGCAGCAGCCGUGACUCUUCUGCAGGAGAGGAGCGUCUAGGCUCUGAAGAGCCCACGCCAUGCAGUUGAUGGAGGCACUGAAUGUAGCAGUAGCCGCCGCCAUCCCUUCUCUCCCAGAGUCAGGGCUGGGGGCCCAGAGAGGCCCCUGACAGAUCCGGGGAGGGAGAGUUAUGAAGGAAGAAAGGGAAGUGGCCAGGUCAGCGCUGAGCCCAGCGUAGCUUCCCCAGUAGCCAGCCAGGAACCUCUCUUGCCUGGGUGGGUAUUUGCACAGCUCCUUCUCUCAGGCAGCCUGGCGGCCCUGCAGGAAGCUGCACCUAUGUCUGGGGAAGGAGAAAGAGCCUACAUCCCAGAUGAUUCCGACUUCAGCACUUUCCGGGACCAGUGUGAAAGCCAGGAAGGCUGGAGCAGCCGGUAUAACAAGGGAGGAGUGGCAGUGUGGACCCAAAUGCAGCAGGAGAGCAAGACUGUCCAGAAAAUCAAGAUGCGUAUCGUCUGCCGUGAUGUGCCUCCAGAGACGCUCUAUGAUGUUCUACAUGACACCAGUUACCGCAAGAAGUGGGACUCCAACAUGAUUGAGACCCAUGACAUUGGACGCCUGACUGUCAACGCAGAUGUUGGGUAUUACUCCUGGAGGUGCCCAAGUCCUCUGAAGAAUAGGGACUUUGUUACCUUGCGCUCCUGGCUGCCCCUUGGCCACGACUACAUGAUCAUCAACUACAGCGUCAAACAUCCAAAGUACCCACCCCGAAAGGACUGCGUGAGGGCCGUAUCCCUGCAGACGGGCUACUUGAUCAAGGCAACGGACAAGAGUGGCUGCAUUCUUUACUACCUCACCCAAGUAGACCCUCGAGGUUCAUUACCAAAGUGGGUGGUGAAUAAAGCGUCUCAGUACGUGGCACCAAAGGCUAUGAAGACGAUCUAUAAGGCAGGGCUGAAGUACCCAGAGUGGAAACGGAAGCAUGACCCUGGCUUUAAGCCUUGGUUGUACCCAGAACAGAACACAUUGCCCAGCAUUAGCCUAGCUGAGCUCUCCCUGCAGCAUUCUGACUCCCUGGAGAACAUCGACGAGAGCGGUCUGUCUGAAGCCAAGAUGAGCCUCAGUGACGACGAGGCCUGAGGCCAGGAUCUGGAUGCACAGCUCAUCGCCGUCCUGUGGGCUGGGUGAAGCCUUCCACCAUCCAGAACACAGCAGCUCCCACAGAGCCACCCAGCGCCCACCCACCCAACAGAACACAAAGCUCCCUGCCCUCCAACUCCCCACUUUCCAAGAGACGCGGACACACCAGGGGCAUCGUUCAGCACUACUUUUCAAGAAGUGAAUAUAUGACCAGUGGCCACAGUU